UUAGGCGUGCUGAAGGAAGUGAGCGCCAAGUGCGUGGACGGCGCCUCCGUGAUCAGCAUCUGCGAGUUUGGCGACAGUCAGCUACUCGAGGAGACGAGUAAGGUCUUCAAGAAGGAGAAGGAGAUUAAGAAGGGAAUCGCCUUUCCCACCUGCAUCUCCAUCAACAACUGCGUCUGUCACUUUUCACCACUGAAGAGUGACAAGGAUGUUACGCUGAAGAAUGGUGACAUGGUCAAAAUCGACCUCGGGGCACACAUCGACGGCUUCAUGGCACUGGCUGGUCACACUUUGGUUGUGGGUGCAUCGGCUGAGAAUAAGAUCAAGGGACGGCAGGCCGAAGUUUUGCUAGCGGCACAUUACGCGGCUGAAGCGGCGCUUCGAUUGGUUCAGCCCGGCAAUGAUAACAAUACCGUCACUGACACCGUUCAGAAGGUGGCGGACACUUUCAACUGCAAGCCUAUCUCAGGCAUGCUCUCCCACGAACUGAAACAGUACCAAAUGGACGGCGGCAAGACCAUCAUUCAAAAUCCCACUGACGCCCAGAAAAAGGAGCACGAAAAGUGCGAAUUUGCCAAACACGAAGUUUACGCUAUUGACGUGCUGAUAACAACCGGUGAUGGAAAGACUCGCGACCUGGACUCAAAGACGACCAUUUUCAAAAAGACGGAGGAGAUUUACCAACUCAAACUGAAGACAUCUCGCGCCCUCUACUCUGAGAUUGACAAGAAGUUCGGCAACAUGGCCUUCACCCUUCGCUCGCUGGAGAGUGAGCAAAAGGCUCGACUUGGCGUGGUUGAGUGCGUCCAGCACAAGCUCCUGGAGCCUUAUGGAGUGCUCUACGAUAAGGACACGGAGCUCAUUGCCCAGUUCAAGUUUACUGUAUUACUGAUGCCUUCAGGUUCGCACAAGAUCACCGGUCUGCCCUUUGACACUAGCCUCUGCGAGUCGGACAUUACCAUUCAGGACGAGGCGCUAAAGACCAUCCUCAACAAGGGCAUCAGCAACAAGUCGGCCAAGAAGAAGAAAAAGCCCGCCAAAUCCGGCCAGGGCGAGGGUGGCGACAAGGAGGCGGCAGCCGAAGAAGCCGGCGCCAAGUCGCCUGCCAAGUAA